AAAAUAAGUGAUUAUUUAUAAAUAUCAUUGUAUGUACAUAUGUCUUCCUCAACUCUUAACUUAGGUCACAAGUGACUAUUAUUAUCAAGGAAAAGAGCGAAUGUUGGCUCUCACAUAGUUCCAGAGAUUGUCUCAUAACAUUUGCGCUGCUUGCUGCUUCUAACACAAAAUUCCUUGCGCACAAAACUUACAUAUAUUAAUUGAAUACAACAUUGAAUUGACGCAACAUUUAUUAAAUAGAUCAUUUGAAAGAUGAAUUUAGUUAGUUCAUUUCGUGUUACCGCGGGUAUAGCAUAUCAAAAAAUGGCAUUAUCUUCAAGCGCAUCCGAAAAAUAUGACUUUGUUAGGAAAAGUAGAAAAAUUCUUGGUGCAGCACUUAAUUAUAUGGAUAUUGUACGCUCCCGAAACGUUGCGGUGCCAGCAGAACCACUUUUAUUCCUUAAACCAACAUCAUCCUACAUAACCGAAGGCAAUCCAAUUGUUAUUCCCAAAGUGUUUACAAAAGUCGCGCAUGAAGUUGAGUUAGGCGUCAUAAUUGGAAAACAAUGUAAGAAUGUUAAAAAAGAAGAAGCGUUCAACUACAUAAGUGGUUAUUGCCUAGCACUUGAUAUGACUGCGCAAUGUAAUUUGGCAUUAGCACGACAAAAUGGUCAUCCAUGGAGCUUAGGUAAAGGUUUUGACACUUCAACUCCUGUUUCGGGAUUUAUAUCUACGAACGACAUCAAAGAUCCCCAUAAAGUUUCACUAUGGUUAAAAGUGAAUGGACAGCUACGUCAACAAGGCAAUACUGAAGAUCUAAUUUUUAAAGUAGACGACCUUAUAGCUUACUCUUCAAAGUAUAUGACGCUUGAACCAAACGAUCUUAUUCUCACCGGCACGCCAGACGGUGCGUUGCCCGUAAAAGCUGGUGACGUAAUUGAGGCUGGUAUUGGUGAUAACUUAAGGAUUGUGUUUGAGGUUAAAGACGAAGUUUAGAAAUCACGUUAUCGCUAGGAAGAAAUUUAUACUAUAUACAUAUACAAAAUAUAUACAAAAAACAUAAAUACAUACACUCUAAUUUAAAGGAA